UUCCUGUUUUGCAAGUGUUUUGUGUGGUUAUGUUCGACUGAAAUAAAAUUAAUUUUGAAUUUUAAUUUUUUAGUAGUCAGAAAAGUGGUUAAUUUGAAUGGAAGUUUAUUAAACCAGCAUUUAAAAUGGCUCAACAUAAUUUUAUCCUAGUUGUAAAUUUAUCAGAAUUUUUCACUGAUCAUAGACAGAGAGCAAGAAUGUUCAUUAAUGAAAAAAUUAAAAAGGUGGAAGACUUACAACACAAAAUUGCAAACUGUUUUGGCAUAGAGGAUUUUAUUUUAACUAGUUCCAAUGAAUAUUUACCUCCUGCUGAAGACGUGAGGAUAAUUCGUAGUGAUGACGUUGUUUGUGUUAUACCCACCAAUAAACAUAGUGAAAUACCAACCAAUAUACCUAGUACUGAAACAAAAGAUUUAAGAAAAAAAUCAAAUGGGUCAUUCAAUGACAGAAAAGAGAAAUAUGUAUCAGAAGAGAACCGUGAUGGCAAUGAUAAGUCACAAAAGGAAGAAGUAAAUCAAAUCCAAAACAAUCGCAAAGAAAAAAAGAAGAGAAAAAAGGAAACUGAACCCCAGGAACAUCAGAAUGGGGCAAUUAAUAAGCUCAUAAUGUUUUUAGAAGAAUACCCUAGGAAAAAAUUGAAAACUAGUUUGAGACAAGAAGAAGAGAAACCAUCUAACAGUACCAAAAAUGUAAAUGGAGAACACUCAGAAAUUUACAAUAAAUACCAUCGUAGUAAAGAUCAAAUGGACACAUCGUCUAAAAAAGGAUUAAUAAUCCCAAAAAGUUAUUUACCCAGCUCAAGUAACCAUAUUUCCAGCCCAGAUGUGGCUUAUGGGUCAUGCAAAAUGGAUGUAAAUGGGGAUAUUAAUGUAAAAGUAUCUGCAAGCAAGACAGGAAUACAGAGUUCAAGUCAAGAAGAAGAGAGACCAUCCGAAAUAAAAUCAUCUAAAAAUGUAAAUGGCGAACACUCAGAAAUUUACAGUAAACACCAUCGUAAUAAAGAUCAAAUGGACUCAUCAUCUACAAAACGUUCAAAACAAAUGUAUUCUUUACACAGCUCAAAUAAGCAUGAGUUUUGCAAAAAGGAUGUAAAUGGAGACAUUAGUGUAAAUGUGUCCACAUCUAUGCCUAACAGCAUUACUUAUAAAAAGUUCCUUCCUAUACCUACAAUAACUGAUGAAUAUCUUAAAAAGAAGAAAACCAAUAUUGUAAAAAUUGACCAUGUAUCUUAUAAUUUGCCUAUUUUACCUGAUUCACCUAUAUCAGAAAAAGAAGAAGCUAUUGAACAAAAUACUACCAUUAGAAGUGAGUCGUCCGUAAAAGAUGACCUCAGGACCUCAGAGUCUUCAAAUAAUCACCAAUCUAUUAAUUUUCCUACCCCACAUACAAUGGACACAAACAUCAAAAAGAAAAUUAAUAUAGUUAGAGUUGAUUGCAUCAGUAAACCAACUGUUGAGGAACAUAAUGAAGAAAAUAAACCAAAAGCUGAUAUUCCAACAGUGGUUGUCUCAAGGUCCUCAUCAGGUGUCGAAGACGAAAGUCAAAUCAAUAAAGACACAAUGGAAAGAAAUAAACUUUUACCAACUACUAAAUACUUCUUCUUGAAUACUCCUUCUUCAAAGGAAAAAAUGGGAAAAGCCAAGGCGGCAGUUAAACAAAAAAAGGGAAAUAUAUUCAAAAUGAGAGAGUCGUUUUGGACGUUUCCACAAGCGCAGAAAAAUGAGCUUAAAAAUAAUUUAAAAGAAAAAGAAUUGGACAGGCAUCCAUAUGAACUCAAAGAGGAACAUAUCGCUACCGAAAUUAAUGAAAGCAAAGAAUCGAACAAGCAAGUGUCUUAUGAAAUGCAAACAGAAGAACCAGCUGAGGAAGCUGUGGGGCACAAACGGAUACAAUCUAAUGAACAUCAAAUUACUGGCCCUAGUACGUCUAACCGUGAAAUAGUUGAUAUGGAUGUAACACUUGAAAUUAUUGAGAAAGAAAAACUUGUUGAUCAACAAGUAAAAUUGCCGAACUCUGAAAAAGAAGUCGAAAUUGAAGUAAAUGACGCCGUUAAAAAAGCAAACUCAAACCUAAAAAUUCUUAAUAAACAGUUGGAAGAAUCUGAAAAUGAUGCUAUGUCUGAAAAUAAUUCCGAAAAUAAUAGUAUGACAGAAAGUCCUAAAAUUAAAUAUCCCGUUUUCGGAAAAUCAUCAUUGGCAAUUUUGCAGGACUCUUGUUACUUGAGUAAAAUGUCACCUUGUAUUUCUACACUACCAGAAGAUUCUGUCGUAAAGGGGACUAAUGAGUGGGAUGUGUCUGGGCUUAAACCUAUCAAACAUUGGAAGGCCAAGAUUUCUGGAGUUGGUAGUCUGCUGGAUAGUCUAAGAAAUAGCAGUUAUGACAGUGCUUCAACGACUCUAAACAGCGCUUGUGAUACAUCCGUAAACCAAGAUAGCAGCAAAUUCGUAACGAAACGGAAGAGAACUCGUAAACAUCGUAAGAGACAGCAUAAUCGUACUACCGAGGAAACCAUUUCCCCCCAAAGAAAUUCCAUAUCUAGUCCAUUCAAACCUUUGAAAUGUGCAGCAGCUCCAAAGUCACACAUACGGUUUGAUAACGGGACUGAAGACAAGGAAGAAACCGGUGAAGUAAAUGGAGAAAAAGAACAAGAUGACGUCAGUGUUAUUUGCAUAGAUAACCAGAAGAUCUAUGAGUAUAAAAAUGCAACAUCUUUGUUCAACUGGCAUGCCAUAACUGGACUGCCGGAUGUUGAAGAUGUAGUUGCAUUUAAGGUAUUUAAAUUAACGGAUGAACUAACACCAGGUAUAUCGUCUGAAAUAGUAGGAACUGUUAAAGAAGUGUUAGAAAAUAAUUGGGUAACGAUUUUUAUAUGGGAUGGUCUUGAAGAACUUCAAAAUAGCUGUGCUGAAACUAUGGAGAAUGAUGAAUUAAAUGAUGAACUUUCUCCAAUGAAGACUCUUCGAUGGUUUGAUUUAAUACACCCCAAACGCGGUGAAAAAAUUACUAAAUAUUAAUCAUUAACUUUUUAUUAGAUGUAUAUUAGUUAUUGUGAUUUUAUUUAAUGUUGCUGAUAUUUUGUAUGUUAUUUUAAAGUUAUACUUAGAUAAAUAAAUACAUUACUUUUUAUGAUUA